AUGCAGCUGCACAAGAUGGCGCGCGGGGCCCGCCUCAGCGCCUCUGCUCAAAGAGCCGGGAUCGGUGCCCGGCGCGUUGCUGUGCGCUCGGUCGCGUCCGUGGCGCCCUCAGCUGAUGUCGAGCUGGCAGCCAAUCCGCUGUCGAUCGCGUUCGUGGCGGCCGAGGUUGCGCCCUGGAGCAAGACCGGUGGCCUGGGUGACGUGGUGGGGGGGCUGCCGAUUGAGCUGGCCAAGCGCGGCCACAAGGUCAUCACGAUCGCACCCCGGUGGGUACGCCAUGCAGGGCAGAGCGGCGCUUGCUGCGAUGUGCAGGCGGGCGACCAUGGACCGCCACGCUACGUGGUGUAA